AUGAAUACUAUUUCUAUUGCCAGACAAGAUUUAUUUUCUAAAAUAAUAAAGGUUAUAGAUGAAUAUCUCAUUGAACCUAUUUCUAAUGCAAUUAAAAUGAAGAUAUCUCAGUAUCUAUUUGUUAGUGCAAACAAAAUUGAGCCUAGUGUUGAAGAGUUACACUAUGAACAGGAAAAUAAUCAACUGGCAUCUGAAGGAUUUAUCAAAGAUCAAUGUGAUGCAUAUCUCAUUAUACUCUGGGCAAUUGUGGACAAAGUAGAACAGGAAGAAGUAUUAGAAUUCUGA